UUCUCCAAUCUCCCUCUCUCACUCCUCUUUCUCUCUCUAAAACCCUCUCCCCGCCUUCCAUCUCCGCCGCUCCUCCGCCAUCUAACACCCUCCACAUAUAUCCAUACAUAUAGAUACAGACAGCCACAAGAGAUCAGAGAGAGAAGGCGUAAAAAAAUGUUGCUGGGGAAGAGGCCGAGGCCACCGAUGAAAAGAACCACAAGCAUGACGGAGUUUACGUUGGAUCUAAACGCCGGCGGCGGCGGGCAAGCGUCCCAGGCUGCCGCCGCUUCCAACCCCGCUGCCGCCGCCCUAGAUCAGCGCAUCAUGUCAGCCGCCACCGUCUCCGCUCGACCCCACCGCCGGAAAUCCGCAGACUUCGUCGAAACCGCCCACUUCUUACGCGCGUGUUCCCUCUGUAAACGCCGCCUCAUCCCCGGCCGUGACAUCUAUAUGUACAGAGGAGACAGUGCAUUUUGCAGCCUAGAGUGUAGACAACAGCAGAUGACACAAGACGAGAGAAAAGAGAAGUGUUCGUUGGUGGCAUCUAAGAAGGAAGCCAUGGCGGCGACCUCCGCCGCGGCCGCCACCGGAUCGGAAGUCGUCGCCGCCACCGGCGAGAGCAUCGCCGCCCUGUAGAUUUAGUUAGCUGUAUUAGUAUUAUUAGAAACUAGUGGACCGCAACAUAAGGAUCGAUGACAUGUGUGUAUGUCCCCACAUAUAUUGUUAUUAUUAUUAGUACUACUAUUAUUAUAAUUAUUAUGUGUAUUUUUAUAUAUGGUGGGAAUUUAUACACUUUUUUUUGGAAUGGUUUUUUUUUUUUUUUUUUCCUCAAGUUGGUCCAACUUGUAAAAUUCAAAGCCUCAAGUGGCUUGUGUUAUGGAUGGGUUUGUGGAUGAAAAAUAUUAAUCUGUAUGUUGUAU